GACGCUGCGUCGAGUUAGAUGCCGAGGAGAUCUCGCUCGUCAGUCGUGCGGUGGCCGUCGUACCGAGCGUUACGGUCGCCGCUGUCGUAGGGAGACGGUCUCUGCUCCGAUCCUCUACCUCUGUCUAUUUGCCCACUGCCGCCUUCGUUAUCGCGGAGCGUUUGUCGCUUAGGUCGCGAAAUCCUCCUUUUCUCUUGUCGUUCCUCUUUUCUUUCUUCGACGGAAUCUCUCUCUUGUCUUCUGGAGUCUUGUUAGAGUUUUGCUGAUAUUUCGAUGGACCUUAAUCGAGAGCGUGUUUGCUUCAGCAUCGACAUCAAGGAAGUACUGUGAUGUGCGGGAUCUUGUAAUGGCACAUUUCGGAACUCGAUUCGAGGAGUUUGCACGAGACGUCAAUGUCGCGCGGAUAACAGGGUACGUCCCCCUAGUCGGAAUGCGGAAUGUCGUAGCAAGACGCGACAUUAGUUUGUCAGCGAACCACCGUAAGUGGAUAACAUUCUGAUACAGGGUUGAUGUCUGUUAAACGACUUUGACGUGACGUGGCGUGAUUCGGUAAUCAUUGCCAAUCGUUCUAAAAAAAACUAUCGAGUCCGAGUCGAAUACGAAGUUUAGAGAACAUCGCGCGAACAAUAGAAUAGCUUAUCUUCGUCUGUAAAAACAAAACAAAAACAAAAAAACGUACCAAUUAUACAGAGUAUCCGUACCGCGUCGAACAAAUCAUCGAUGCUUUAAAGUGAUGUAGUGUAAACGAUCUUGGAUAUAAGUUGAAGCUACGUGAUAAUAAUUACGAUUUCGAGAUCAUAUUAACGAAUCGACUAUCGUUAAUUUAUACAGUGGGCGUUUCAUGUCAGUCUAUAAAGGCUCACCGCUAAUCGAAUCGAAGUGAGUCUUAUAUUGCUACGGAGCGAACGGUUUCAGUGACCAACCGCUCGUCCAGGCUUGCGUGAAUAAACGCGCAGCUCAGUGGGCUAUAACCGGUAACGCGACGCGGUCGCGCGGCGUGUGAUGAUUAGGGGACAGAGAACCGGUACCAAGCGCAGGCAACGAGUUCACUAAAGAUGCGUGGGCUCGUCGGUCGGCACGAAGGUCCCGGGAGAAGAUCGCUGUCGCUGUCGCUGUCAUUGGCCUAUUACUGCCUGCUCGUGCCAGUGUACCACGUGCUCGCUGUGACCAGUGAGCUGCCGCCGAGGCUCGAUUUGCCCGAUUAUUGUUCGUGGGAUUCGCGCCAGGAUGGUGCGCUUACCUGCGUGCAUCGUUACACGGGCAACGACUCGCUCAGGACGAACUUUUCUCAGGCCACAAGCGAGUACGUGACCUCCAUGAACAUCGUCUGCGAGGACUCGGAUCUGGAAGAGGACAAUGGCGUACUCAGCGUGGACAGCUUCCUUCAUCUAUGGCGGCUACGGUCGUUGAAGCUGACCGGAUGCAAGUUAGUGCACUGGCCGGCCAAGUUACUCAGCGGACUGCGCGAUCUUCGUAAUCUGACUGUUAGAACGCUGAAUGGACGCAAAACCAAGUAUAGUUUGGAGCUGGAAAGCGGCGCUUUCGACAAUACGCCGCAGAUCGAAAAACUCGAUCUGUCGUGGAACAAUAUCUGGCAAAUACCGGAUCGCCUGUUUUGCUCUUUAUCGAACUUGGUAACUUUAAACAUCUCGUGGAAUUCGAUGAAGGAUAUCACGGAACUCGGAUUUCAAGAUGUCAAUGAAGAGAAAGUAUCUGAAAAGCAUCCGCGACGUCAACUGGAAUCGACAUCGGCUCCUCUCCCAUGUUCCUUGGAUGUGCAAUCGUUGGACGUGUCGAACAAUCAAAUCUCUGUACUACCAAUCAAUGGAUUCUCGUCGUUGAAACGUCUCAGAGUAUUGAAUUUGUCUAGCAAUGCGAUCUCCAUAGUAGCGGACGAGGCUCUGCACGGACUCAGGUCCCUUGAGAGCCUCGACCUAUCUGGGAACAAAAUCGUCGCUUUGCCGACGGCGAUGUUCCGGGACGCGACCAAGUCGCUGAAGGAGCUGAGAUUGCAAAACAACUCUAUCAGUGCACUGUCGCCCGGUUUGGUGUCAGACAUGAAUCAACUGGUCGCCCUCGACUUGUCAAGAAACGUCCUGACCAGCUUGUGGUUGAACUCUGGGACAUUCUCCGGAUUGAUACGCCUCGUACUUCUCAACUUAUCUCACAAUCGGAUUACCACGCUAGAUCCGGCAAUCUUCAAAGAUCUCUAUACUUUGCAGAUUUUAAAUCUUCAAUUCAACGAGAUAGAAUCGAUAGCAGCGGACACUUUCUCGCCGAUGAGCAAUCUGCACACCCUGGAAUUAGCUCACAAUCGUUUGAGUUAUCUUGACGCUUAUUCCCUGAACGGAUUAUUCGCGCUCUCGCUGCUGGCCUUGGACUCCAACUUGCUCGGGGGAAUUCAUCCAGAUGCCUUUCGGAACUGCUCGAGCAUGCAAGAUUUAAACCUGUCCGGCAACAAUCUUGACAGCAUACCGGUGGCGCUAAAAGACAUGAGGAUAUUGCGGACCCUCGAUCUGGGCGAGAACCAGAUCAGAAGCCUGAAUAAGCCCGGUUUCCGAGGAAUGUCAAGCCUGUAUGGUUUAAGAAUGAUCGGUAACGAGAUCACCAACGUCACGCAGGAAGAUCUCGUAGAAUUGCCGGCGCUGCAAAUCUUAAAUCUGGCCAGAAACAGAAUCGAAUUUGUGGAGGACGGUGCGUUUGCUGGCAAUCCGGCGCUUCAAGCUCUUCGACUCGAUUCAAAUUUGUUGCAGGACAUGUCUGGCAUCUUUGCGAGCGCGCCCGGUGUUUUGUAUCUGAACAUGUCUGACAACAUGAUCACGCAGUUCGAUUACAGCUACCUGCCUGAGAAAUUAAAUUGGAUGGAUUUACAUAAAAAUCUUAUUACGGAUCUCGGUGUCGCGCCACGGAAUAUGAAAUUGCAGACGCUCGAUGUGUCGUUUAAUCGGCUAACGAGGAUACAUUCUCGAUCGAUCCCAGAUUCCAUCGAGCUACUGUUCGUCAACAAUAACUUGAUAUCCUCCGUAGAGCCGCAGACAUUCUUCGCAAAGACGAAUCUCACUCGAGUGGAUCUCUACGCGAAUCUGAUCGUCACGAUGAACCUCUCAGCGUUCCAACUUACCGCGGUGCCAUCUAACAGGCAACUUCCGGAGUUCUACAUCGGCGGAAAUCCCUUUAUAUGCGACUGCACCACGGAGUGGUUGCAGAGGAUCAAUUCGUUUACGCUGAGACAGCAUCCGAGGGUGAUGGAUCUCGAGUCCGUUUACUGUAGAUUACCUUACGAUCGUCACAAGUCGUUUAUACCGCUGUUGGAGGCCAAACCCUCGCAAUUCUUGUGCACUUACAAGGCGCACUGCUUCGCUCUCUGCCAUUGCUGUGAUUUCGACGCUUGCGACUGCGAGAUGACAUGUCCGAUCAAUUGCACGUGUUAUCACGAUGAGUCCUGGUCGGCGAACGUCGUCGACUGUUCCAACUCUGGUUAUAAAACCUUGCCGGGUCGAUUACCGAUGGAUGCGACGGAGGUUUAUCUCGACGGGAACAAUUUUGGGGAACUGAAUUCCCAUUCGUUCAUCGGCCGGAAAAAUUUACAGAUACUUUAUGCGAACGACAGCAACAUCAUCGCGAUCCGUAAUCACACCUUCAGUGGUCUGAAGCGGCUGCUUGUACUACAUCUGGAGAACAACAAGAUAAGCGUGCUCAACGGCGUGGAGUUAAUGCCGUUGGAAAAUCUGAAGGAGCUGUACCUGCAGAAUAAUCUGUUGACGUACAUUGAUAAUGGUACGUUCUUACCGCUGCGUCAGCUAGAAGUCUUGCGUCUAGAGAACAAUCGACUCGGCACUUUCGCCCUCUGGCAACUGGGCCAGAAUUCGUAUCUAGUCGACAUCGGGUUGUCAAGUAAUCCGUGGAAUUGCGAGUGCUCGUAUCUAGAUCGCGUACGGGAGUGGAUGUCCCGUAACCGGGCGAAGAUCAUCGACUGGCGUAGCGUCACCUGUUCCCUCGGCGUGCCCAUAACUCUUCCUGCGAACGGAUCGGUCAUAAAUUGCGCGGCAUUAACGGGCACGACUUCCGUCGUCGAGACGCAUCCGCUGGAGGCUUAUCUCCCGUUGCUGCUGGCCACAGUCGUGCUAAUUUUCGCAGCGGUCGCGUUGGUGUGCGGCGCAAUCAGGCAUCGUCGUACUCUGAGAACCUGGGCCGCGAGUAGAUGCGGUCUGCGGGCGUGCUACAAGACCGCAGCCUUCGAGGAUCAGGAGAAACCGUUCGACGCCUACAUCUCCUAUUCUGCGGUCGACGAGGCUUUCGUCUCGACGAUUCUCGUGCCGGGUCUUGAAACUUCGUAUAGGCUGUGCUUACACUAUCGAGAUCUCGGUGCCGGCAGCAACGUUGCCGACGCCGUAGCCGAAGCGGCUGACUCUUCGAGGCGCACUAUUCUCGUAUUGUCCAAGAACUUUCUGCACGGCGAGUGGUCCAGGUUUGAAUUCAAGGCGGCCCUGAGGGACGCUCUCAAGGGAAAGGGCCGCUCGGUAAUUUUACUUCUGGUGGGCGGUGUGUGCCCACGGGAUCUCGAUGCCGAUCUCAAAAAGAGAAUUUCGUCGCAUACUGUGCUGGUAUGGGGGGACAAGUUGUUCUGGCAGAAGCUGAGGUUCGCCAUGCCGGACGUGUCUCCUGUUCCCGUUCCCGUUUUAGAGAGACCCCUGCCGUUGCCACCGCCGCCGCCACCACCGGUGCAUCAUCAAUGGACGUAGAGCUGCCGUUAUUUAGAUGUGAACUGUUUCCAAAAGUAUUAUUGAUUCGCAUUGCGCAAGGAGUAAUCGGAAAUCGCAGUGAGGGAGGACUCCUGACUGCCCGCGACUUUUCUCUCUACUUAUUAUCAGAAGCAUUUCUUACUAUUGCAAUGUAACCCGUAACACGGUGUCCCGAAUAAAUAAGCGGUUAUUCGUAUUUUUGAGAAUCGUGAUAGCUUCGUAGUGAGCAAAUGUAAUUAGCGCGAAAGAAAAACGAGAAAAAGAAAAUAAGAAAAUUGGAGCAUACUACCUGUAACUCGUAUUGCAACGAAGUAACGUUUUUUCCUCUUUCUACUCGAUGAUAGUUUAAUCGACGAUAAUCGAUUUAUUAAAGUUCUUCGGUAAAUCCUCUUGUUUAGUCGAAAGCGGAGAUCGAUGUGUACAUAGCGAGAGUUUUGUAUAUUUGUAAAAUAGAUAGGGCAUUUUAUUAUAAAUAUAUAUAUAUAAAUAUAUAAAUAUAUAAAUACAUAAACAAUAAAGUUAUUUAUAUAUAUUUUAAUCACAAAAGGUAAGCGUACUUCUUUCUCUCAUCCUGGCACACUCGCGCGAUCCGCUUCGCCGUCGUCGCCGCCGCCGCCGCCGUCGUCGUCCGCGUCUCAUUGUUUCGUUUAAGCGGCGGGGCGGACGGGCCGGCCGGUAGAUUGCGACGCUUAAUCUAAAAUUCUAUCAGCCGUUGUGUGUAUAAUGUAUAUCCAUUUGUACAAAGUUGCGCGGGAGCAUUAAUAUCAUUAACACCGGCCGAUUCGUUUGUUUGAACGAAGGGCAACGACGACUACAAGUCGCGGCACAAGUCCGGCGAAGUCGGCGCCAAAAGCAUUAAAUAUUAUUACAUCCGGCAUUAUUGCAUUUGCCGCCGCCCCGCCGCCGCGCCGCGCGCUGUGCUACGGCGCGCGCCGAUGAUUAAUAGGGAUACUCCGCGUAGCGUGACGUCGAGUAAUAUGUGCGCAUUGUAAUAAUAAUAACUCAGUACGAGAGGCAUAAAUUCGCGGAUGGGUUAAUUAGUACAAAUUACUGCGGUAUCAAUUCUCGCCUGCUGCUAUAUUGCAGGCGGUCGGUCCGGCGCGGCGCGGCGCGGCGCGGCGCGACGCGGUAGCGUAAGUCGCGCGGACCGGCGCGGUGGAUUAAUCCCGUUAAGUCAGAGUGUCUUGCGACGCGAGAGAGUUGUAGAGCUCGUCGAACGAAAAUCGAGAUUAUUAUGUGUAAAUAUUAGUCUUCUGUUGUAUCGAUGUAUCAUAAUUGUAUUAAAAGCUAAUGUCCCCCUUUGUAAAUGUUGCUGCCUGUCGGGGCAACAGCAAUUAACGGAGAUUACUUGCGUUUCGCAAUAAAAAGAAAAGGCUAAAGUGACAACGAUGGCGUCCUUAACUUACCCAGAAACGAACGCUUUACCCGGGAGAGAUAUUUAUUUGUUCUUACCUUAACUUUUUGUUCGCUACCAACUCCCGGUAUUAAAACAUCAACGUUACUUCUCCCCUUACACAGAGCGAUGUCUACUUUGUAAUAAAGUUAAAUACAAAGAAAA